AUGGCCAGCAGGACGUACCCCAGAGGGAACGUACGGCGGGUUCGCCCGGCCACCGUGACAAAUGGACGAGGGCUGCCUGUUCAGGGGCGGAACUGGUUAAAGGAGAUAGUCCGAAUGAGCACCCAACCGCGAGUGGAACCAUUGCGCAUUGCAAACUUGAACAUAGGAGACAAGAUGGGAAGGAAAAAGUCACGCGACACUGGAGAAGGCUACAAACUGAGCUACUAUGGUGAAACCGACAGCAAAGAUGUGGUCAUUGUUGCCAGCGAUGAGUUGCGCAGCCAAAUCUCAAGAACACAGCGCAAAUCGGAUAUCUUCAUCUUUGCCAUAACUGAUGCGCGACAUGUCGUCUGCAUGUGUGCUCGGUUCGACCCCAUAAAAAUCAUGUUUCGAAAUCAGAGUACGGUAUGUAUGUUCCAGUGCCACAAAGAAGAUCUCGUCAUUGUCUACAGCAAUCACUCGCGAACGGGUCAUUUCUUCAAUCUUCGCGCCGGUCUCAAUGUUUAA